AAAGAAACAUAGCUAAAUUCAUGAUGUAUGUCUGCUUGUAUGAGGCAUGUGUGCGUACAUGUGCGUGUGUCUGUAUCGACUUACAGGGGUGUGGUGUAGAGAUCGCGUAACUCUGAGCAUGUGUGUGUGUGUGUGUACUAUUAGUGGCGCUCCAGACGGCUGGAACGGAGCAUGUAAUCCCCUUGUACAAGUGCGACCCCGCGUCAGUGCCUUCCGUCGCGUGAUGUCAGCGUGAGAACCGUGGAUUGCAGUACCUUCGUCAGCCAUCAUGUUUGCAAGAUUCUUCACCUCUGCAGACCUACCCAAUUCACCCAGGAACCUGCCGGUGAUGGGGCUGGAACAGGAGGAGAGGGCCUCCCUCCUGGGCUCUCAACAGUACGUGUACCAAUCGUCCGGCUCUGACACCUACUCCGGGGACUUCUUCGAUGAGGAGGAGGCUGCGGACACCUCGGGCCUCGUGAAGCAGUCGGGCCUUGGGUAUGGCACCUGGAGAGCACCCGACGACGGCAUCACACUCACAUGGAGGGACCUGAGCGUGUACGUGCCACAGAAGAGGAGCUGGUUCCGGAACGACGCGGGACAUCGGCCCUUCAAGCGAGUGCUCAACAAUGUGUCUGGAGCCGUCCGUCCUGGCAGUCUGGUUGCUCUCAUGGGCUCGAGUGGCGCCGGGAAAUCCACGCUGAUGAACGCCCUCGCUCACCGCACGCCUGGAGGGGUCAUCGUCGACGGGGAAAUCCUCGUGAACAGCCGCCGGGCCAACCGUGCGAUGGCGUCCCUGGCAGGAUACGUUCAUCAGGACGACCUCUUCGUCGGCUCGCUCACUGUGAAGGAGCACCUGAUGUUUAUGGCCCGGCUGAGGAUGGACCGACGGAGGACGCAGAAGCAGCGGAUGGCGCGCGUGCAGGAGCUUAUGAAGGAACUCGGUCUCCUGAAGACGCAGAACACGCGGAUCGGCACGCCAGGGCAGGACAAGUCCCUGUCGGGGGGAGAGAGGAAGCGCCUGGCGUUCGCGACGGAGAUUCUGACCGACCCGCCCUUGCUCUUCUGCGACGAGCCAACGACGGGUCUCGAUUCGUACAAUGCUCGAAAACUCGUGAGGAUGAUGAAGGACAUGGCCGCCAGGGGCAAGACCAUCCUGUGCACGAUCCACCAGCCUUCCUCCGAGGUCUUCGCCAUGUUCGAUAAGCUCCUGCUGUUGGCGGAGGGGCGCGUGGCGUACAUGGGUUCCUCGUCGGGCGCCCUGGAGUUCCUCGACAGCCUCGGCCACAAGUGCCCCUCGACCUUCAACCCGGCCGACUACUACAUCCACACGCUGGCGGUUCUUCCUGGCCACGAACACCGAUCUCGCGAGCGGAUUAAGCGGAUCUGCGACAACUUCGCCGUCUCCGCUUACUCGAAGGACAUCGACAUCACCAUCCAGUACCAAGAUAACAUGUGCAUUUCCCAGUCCGAUUCGGGAGCGAGCUCUCAAGAGGAUCACUUCUUCAGGAGUAUACCGCAAAAGCCCAAUUGGCUCGUUCAGUUCUGGUGGCUGACGUGGCGCUCGCUCGUCGACUCGUACAGGAACCCAGCCAUUCACUCCAUCAGGAUCAUGCAGAAAAUUCUCAUCGCUUUCCUCGUGGGCGUGUGCUACACCAACGUCACGCUGAACCAGGCCGGCAUUCAGGACAUCGAGGGCGUCCUGUUCAUCUUCAUCACGGAAAAUACCUUCCCUUCCCUCUACGGAGUCCUGAACAUCUUCCCCCAAGAACUGCCUCUGUUCCUGCGAGAGUACAAGAACGGGAUAUAUCGGGCGGAUACCUACUACCUCUCCAAGAUGGUGGCACUGAUCCCGGGUUUCAUAGUAGAUCCGGUCGUGUUCUGCAUCAUCUGCUACUGGAUGGUUGGUCUGCAGAGACACGCGUACCACUUCUUCAUGACGAUUCUGAUCACAAUCUUCACUGCCAACACUGCCUCGGCCUGUGGUUCCAUGUUCUCAGCUAUGUUUGAGAGUAUCCCGUACAUCAUGCUGUUCCUCAUUCCAUUCGACGUUGUUCUACUCAUCUCGGGAGGACUGUUCAUCAACCUUUCGUCAAUGCCGUGGUAUAUUGGCUGGGUGAAGUAUUUAUCCUGGUUCAUGUACAGUAAUGAGGCACUCACUGUUACUCAGUGGUCUGAUGUAACAAAUAUCACAUGUGAGAUGCCGCCUGGGGUCCCCUGCAUCAGCAACGGGCAACAAGUCAUUAAAGAAUAUGCCUUUAAUGCAUCUCAUCUGCAUUAUGACUUUGGACUUUUAACACUUCUCUACAUUGGCUUCCAUCUCCUUGGUUUCUUAGGGUUGUACCUACGAGCAAGAAAGAAGUGAAGCACCGAGUUCCGUUUAGAAUAUAUUAAUAGCUUGCAUCUUUUAGAAAAGAAAAUGGAAGGCAUUAGUCAGAAUAUGUCUUACUUCUUGGAACUGUGGUCUAAAUAUGCAGGCCAUGAACGUCCAUGUGCAAUUCUAAGGGACAAGACUAAUGUUAUGCUGAUUACAGUGAUAUGAAAAAGUAUAGGUAAUUUUUUUUUUUUUUUUUUUCAAGCCAAACCAAAUGAGUCAUGGGUAGAGUAUUCCAGAAUUAAACUGUUGCUCAAUGUGAAGUGUUACAGAUACAGAUAACUACUGUUUAUAUUGUUAACUUUUUUAAUGCUGGAUUUGCCAUGAUGAUCAUCUAGGUUGCAUCAUUUUGUUUUUAUUUCUUAUUAGUUUCAUAUUUUAUUAGUUAUAUUUGUGUUAUAUUUAGUGUGAAUGAUGUUCAUACUUGAGGUUCUGAAACAUAUACAGGUUGAGGUAGUGAAACGUUUAUAGUCUAGUGUAUCUUUGAGAAAUGUACACAGGUCAGUGUACAUACGAUUGCUUUAAUAAGUUCUGUUUAAAAAGGUAUUAGGAAAAUCUCUGUAUCAUUGUAGUUGGACAAGUCCCACUUCAGUGAAAUUUUGGUGAAACUUAAGAGUAAAGAAUAAUUGUAUCUGAUGCCCUUCCAGUGCUGUCUUUUAUGUUGUUAUAAGCCAGAAUUCAGAAUUACAGUAUAAGAUUUAAAAAGUAAUAAGCCAUUACUUUGAGUUUAUUUUUUACUAGACAAAAAAAAAUAUUUCUAUCAGCAUUGAGUGGUAUGAAUAUGAUCACCCAAAGAAGCAACAAAAAAAUAUAUUGUUACUAUUAUAUGUAUUUUGACUUUUGAUUCUCUUCGUGGUAUUUACACAUAUGGUAAAUUCUUUGAUUCUUUAAUUUCUUCAACAUUUUUAUCUCGGAUAUGUCUCUUAUAUGCUCAUUUUGUAACUGUGAUGUAAACUACUCCAUGUCAGAUGGCAAAGCUGUCAAAUGGUGGUGAUGUACCAUCUGUUUAUCUGUUCUGAAUACACAUUUCUCUACUUUUGCUAUGACAAACAAACAGGAGAAUCCAGAAUAAAAGAUCUAGUAUAUUGAUACUA